CCACAAUCCUUCCAUCUCCUUAUUGAGUGCCGGGUCUAAGACGUCGAGACAUCCCCCCUGCAGCCUCGCCUCUUACGCCUCCUUGGCCAAUAGGGACCCCCCGUGGAUCAAGUGUCACUAUAACAGAAGGACAUAAUCAGGGUGGUAAUUCUGCAGAACCUUACAGCCAGUCUCGGCCACCAGGGAGCUCACUUCUUCUUUACGCUUUUCUGAGGUAAGAGAGAGAGAGAGAGAGAGAGAGAGAGAGAGAGAGAGAGAGAGAGAGAGAGAGAGAGAGAGAGAGAGAGAGAGUGAGAGGGUUUGGAAGGAAGAAAGAAAGAGUGAGUGAGUAGAACAAGAGAAGGAGAGAGUGAGAGAGAGAUGGAAAGAUUAAGAUCAAGUGCAAUGUUAAGAGCUCAGGGCCCCCCUAGCUGUCUCCUUUCAAGAACAGCUGAAUCCACACGUGCAAAACCACUGCCACUGUGUUAAAACACUCAGGCUUUAAAACAGUCGGCUGCUCCUUGUUGUUGAGGUCAAGGGUGAGAAGGACCCAACCAGGGGGAUAGGGACAGGUGAAGGGAACAUACAGGUUUCUACAAAAGCUUCUAUCUUGACUUGAUCAGUAGAGCGUGGGUGUCUCUUUUUGCUUUGGCAUUUUGAGUUACGGUAGGCUACAUUGAAUAGAACAUAAUUCUUUAAAUCCGCUGGACAUGUAGAAUGACUUGAGACGAGUGUCAAUGUUUUGUGUCAUGAAAUGCUAGUAUAGGUGUGAAAGUAUGUUGUUGUUGUUUCUGCUAUGUGCUGGUAGCUGUUGAUGGAUUAAACGGUAAAAGUGACUUAAGCGGUAAAAGUGUCUUGGGGGUGAGGCCUGGCUCCAACUGGCUAUCGUAAGCCUGGGCUUUACAAAUGGCCCUCUAAGACUUGUAGCUAUGUUGUGGAGCUGAUCCAACGGUUUAAGUAACAGUCAAGGCUAAGAUGAGGGAUCUAAAGAUAUACUCAAAGCUACCUCAAUGUUAGGGUUGGGAACAGUAUUGCUAGCACUAUACAGUUUUUUUGUGAGAUGGUUAACAGAUAGCUGGACAGAUAUCUGGUGAAUAGAUAUGUUUGCUUGAGUGUAUAUCGCAGCAAAGACGGAGACAGUCUCAUAGAGAGAAAGGUGUGACAUUUGAUAGUUUAUGAUAUCCAGGAGCCCCAUGAACUAGGAGAACAUGGUGGUACAUUAAACCUUCCAUACUUAGGAUAAACACAUAGACACUACUACUGUUACAGUACCCAUUGAACUAUAGCCUGAUUUGUGAAAUCAAGCCAGAAAUGCAUAGCUAUCAGAAUAGGAUUGGGACUUCAAGAAACAACCUUUGACUUUCCGUCUUUUACGUUAUCAAACAGUUUCAUGUACUUUCAUUAUUCCGCUUUACCCCCAUUUUUGUUUUUCAUCUAUAAGAAGUUCAUAUGGCAUCAUGGAAUCAGAGGAAAGUGCCUGAAAUGCCUAUGUGAGGGAGAAGCCCGCAUAAGGAAAUUAAAUGGGAAUUAUUGAUACUAUUCCAAGAGAAAGAACCUGAUCUGUGCUUUGGAAACCGGAUCCUGGACAUGUUUCUCAGAGACAUUUGCAGCUGUCUGUUUGGGAAUAGUUAUGAUGUGCGAGGAGGCCUCCAGGGUGGCCUUAACAGUUAUAGGAGUAUGGUUUACAAAUGCAAAGGCUAAUGCAAACAUCCUUGCAAUGUACGCUAAUCAAUUCGAAAUUGAUACUUUGGGGAUUUUUCAUCAGAUGAUGAUACAUUGUCUGAAAAGAUAACAAACAAUAAGUUGCAAAACAAAACCGUAAUCAGAAGCAAAAGCCCACUGGGCACAGACGUCAAUUCAACGUCUAUUCUACGUUGGUUCAAUGUAAUUUCAUUGAAAUGACGUGGAAACAACGUUGAUUCAACCAGUGUGCCCAGGUAACCAAUGGCCUACUAAAAUUGUCCUAGAAGUCACAGAAUGCCUUUAAAAUGUUGAUAAAGAGCUAGGUCAUCAUGUUUCUAAAGAUAGGCAUUUCCUAGCACCUAUGUUGAGACAUGGAAUUUGACCAAGAGAUUAAGUUAAUUUGAGGGCCACAGAUCUUUACAUUGACCUGUGGUCUCAUGCAACAUGACUCCCAGCCAGGGAAGGAAGGAGGGAGGGAGGGAGGAGGAGGGGGAGGGGGAGGGGGAGAAGAGGUAGGGGAGGCGCAGAGGGAGUGGAGGAGGAUGAGGGUGAUACGCUGUUCUUCUGUUUUUCUUCCCCGGCUUCUGGUGAGUUCUGAUGUGCUUCUGCUCUCAUUUGCGUCCUUCUUCUUGGGGUCUUCUUUUUUUUGUGUUGUUUUUUUUUUGGGUUGUAUAGAAAAAAAGGUCAUCAAUAUUUGUAUGGGGGUCUUCCCAUUUAUCGUCUGAGAAGCAAAAUUGUGAGUGUGUUGAAUUUCAGUCUUUUCCCAUUUCCUAACACUAUUUAUAAAACAGUUAUAAAAAGGUGGUGAUUCAAAACCAUUUCCCUUUACAAAUACAAAAAAAGGCCAUCAAUAUUUGUAUGGGGGUCUUCCCAUUUAUCGUCUGAGAAGCAAAAUUGUGGGUGUGUUGAAUUUCAGUCUUUUCCCAUUUCCUAACACUAUUUAUAAAACAGUUAUAAAAAGGUGGUGAUUCAAAACCAUUUCCCUUUAUAAAUACUGCACAUUUGUCCUGUAACACAGUUUAUUAAAAAAUGUAGGCGAAAUGUUAUUCAAUUAGGGUUGGGUUCUGGUAAUGGGAGAAGACAUUUUAGAGCCUGGGACCAUAGCCUCAUGCUAUAAAUACUGCUAGUGACUUGAGCGUGGCCUCCUUGGCGUCUUGAGUGAAAGUGUCUCUCUUUCUUCCCUUGUACCUCAGCUGCAAAGUCCACUGUCAACAUGUCUGACACAGAGGAAGUGUAAGUAUUGGUAACAUUUGUUUUCAUCCUCACGAUUACCUCAUCCAGAUUUCCCAUGCAUCAUGUUGUUUUGACUGCCUGACUAAACGUGCAAUAUCUUUUUCUAUCCUUUCACAGUGAAGGUAAGUAACAUUCUUACUUUAUUAUUGCUAGGUAUCAUUAUUGUAUCUUUUCAUUAUCAUAGUCAUUUUAAAUCGGCAAUUGUUCAAUCGCAUGCUGAAUCAUUCUGUAUGUUUUUGAACCAAUGCCUAACUGAUUUCAGUCCUCUAUGUAGAAUAGUUCAAUGCAAUGGACAAACUUGGCUUGCCUCCUUGGAAUUCAAGUUGUGCUCAAUACUGCCCUCUACAGCACAACAGCAUACAUUGACUUUGUUUAUGACACUGAAUGUGGAGAAAGCCAUGAUUUAGGGCUCUUUUCAAUCUGUAAAGCUGAACUUCCGCGAUAGAUUGAAUAGAGCCCUUAUUCAUGACUUACUGAUUAAUGGUUUCAGGAGCCAAUGUUGAUAACAGGCCAUGAACUAAAUUAAGCAUAUAAAUCAAACAUUCAAAUGAUUUAAAGCAUACCUUUAAAUUAUUUUCUAAAUGUCAGACCACAUACAUCUACUAGUCUGUUAGCAACAGGUACCUGCAACUCUGUAGACCUUUUCCAGUAAUACUGUCCUCCUAGUCUGUCCAUAUUCUUUCUGAUUUAAAAUACAUAAUGUAUCUCCUCAUUAUGGAGGGAGAUAAAUCAAGCCUAUUAUACUACCAGGCCUUGAAAUGUUUUGUCUGCUCAAAAGUUUGUGAACUUGGUACCAUUUCAUUAGCUAUGGAGGACUGUAUUGUGUACGCAUACAAUGGAUCCCUACUGUACCCAUAUUUUCAGUAUAUUACAUAAACUAAAUAUUAUAAACUGAUAUAUUGGGUACAGCCGGGUUCUUUUGGUAAUACUAUUGUUUUACUGCUUUCUUUCUCCAAAAAAAACAAAACUCUCCGUGGAGGCGAGGGAGAAGGUAAAAAAACAAUGACGCUCAGACUAUGAAGACGGUCAUGUCAUCUAUACUAAUAUGUCAUUGUUUCGCUCUUGAUCUUCAGUGUGUUUGAGAAUGUGCAUUCAACUCUUUGGAUCUUCAUGUAGCUUGUAGCACGUUGGAUAACGCUAAUGCUACCUCUUCAUUCAAACACCUCACUUCCUCAGGCUAAUGCUACCUCUUCAUUCAAACACCUCACUUCCUCAGAUUAAUGCUACCUCUUCAUUUAAACACCUCACUUCAUCAGAUUAAUGCUACCUCUUCAUUUAAACACCUCACUUACUCAGAUUAAUGCUACCUCUUCAUUUAAACACCUCACUUCAUCAGGUCCCUGUUCAUAAGAUGAUGUUUUUAUUGUUGAAUUGAAAUGUGUCGUUUUACAGGAUCAGCCAUAGUAGUACAGCACCACUGGAGCAAAUUAGGGUUAAGUGCCUUUCUUAAGGGCACAUCGAGAGAUUUUUCACCUUGUCAGCUCGGGUAUUCGAACCAGCGACCUUUCAGUUACUGGCCCAAUGCUCUAACCGCUAGGCUACCUAAGAUCUAGUCAUUGACAACUUAACUCUUUCUCCUUCUUGCUUUUGUCUCUGCAUCAUGCAGCGUCACCUGGUGGUCACGACCAUUAACUACUCUCCUCUUUCUCUAAAGAACACACCCUCUUUCUCGUGCUUCCAUUCAUUAACCUAUCCAUCCCCCUUCCUCUCCCUGGUUACUCAAUGCAUGCUGUGUAGCCGUAGCAGAGGAAGUAGUUGAAGAGGUAGUUGAAGAUGUAGUUGAAGAGGUAGUUGAAGAAGAAGUGAUAGAGGAAGAGGUAGAAGUGGCCCCAGAGCCAGAGGCAGAGCCUGAGGCAGCCCCAGAGGCAGAGCCAGAGCCAGAGGCAUAGGCAGAGUCUGAGGCAGCCACAGAGCCAGAGGCAGAGCCAGACCCAGAGGCAGAGCCAGAGGCAGAGCCAGAGCCAGAGCCAGAGGCAUAGGCAGACCCAGAGGCAGAGCCAGAGCCUGAGGCAGCCCCAGAGGCAGAGGCAGAGGCAGAGGCAGAGGCAGAGGCAGAGGCAGAGGCAGAGGCAGAGGCAGAGCCAGAGGCAGAGCCAGAGGCAGAGCCAGAGCCUGAGGCAGCCCCAGAGCCAGAGCCAGAGGCAGAGGCAGAUGAGGAAGGUAUGUUGGCAUGGGGUAUUCUAUCAUCCUUUUAGAUGCAGCAGUCAGCUCCACCUGUUACAGCCAGACAGACAAACAGACAGACAGACCUAAGACAAGAAUAGCUAGGGCUGUGUUCCAAUGUCCAUAGUAGCUUACCCUCAAAACCUUGGGGCAUACUUCAUUCUAAGUGGAAUGUUAGUGUGGAUAAUGGGACAGAGCCCCAGUGUACUUUCCUGUUCUACAUUUACUAGAAUGUAGUACCUUCCCUUCAUAGCUGACCAACACAAUGGAUGUAUUAUGCAAUGUUAUUAGUUGUAUGUUAUUAGUUGUAUGUUAUUAGUUGUAUGUUAUUAGUUGUAUGUUAUUAGUUGUAUGUUAUUAGUUGUAUGUUAUUAGUUGUAUGUUAUUAGUUGUAUGUUAUUAGUUGUAUGUUCCCAUUUAGAAUGUGUAAAUAAAUAUGCCCUGUUCCCUUCUUCCUGCUUUUAGGCCUAGUGCAAACUGCUUCCUCAUAGCUAUAGAUGCAUUAGACUUCUAACCCUAUGCUAUGAUCCCUAAUGUUACAAAUAUUUAAAAAUAGUAAUAAUACAUUUAUGUUAUGUAUUCAAAGAGGCAGUCACACCAUUGCUGAUUAAUUAAAUAUAUGGCAAUUGGUUGGAUGUGCAAAAUGUCACAUUUUAAACUUUUGAUACCUGAUGUAAUUCAUCAUCAGUGUUUAUGCCCAUUUCUCUAAAAGGAGCAAAAAUACCCCUGUGCUUCUACUAUGAGCCUGAAAAGGCAUAAUCCUGAUUAUACAUGCACUCUAAACAUUUGUUUGUUGUGACAGGCACUUGUUAACUGAAUGAUACUUUGAGGUGCUAUUGUGUGAGAUACAUUUACAAAUCCAUAACUGUUCUUCCACAAACUGUUGAUGUGUUAAGCAAAGGUAAUUCCUAGUGCUUAGCCUGACAAAGUAUAAUUUACAUUUCAAAUAUGAAAGAGAGACGACGCAAAUGCUCAAGCUUAGGUAGACUAUUUUACAGUAUGCAGCCUAUAGUCUCAUUAGUCAGCCCUUAUUGCCGUUGCUAACGCUGUUCAUUUUGCUUGCUGCAUGUAGAGGUCAUUGAAGAGGAAGGUACGUUGAUUAAAGAUGAAUUAUCUGUUUAGCUCUGGUCGGUACACAGGACUGCCUUUAUAUUGUCCAUGUCCCAGGUCUGAGGUCUCACUGUAUUGAGGGAAUGUUUGCUCUGUCAUGGCUGUCUGUCAGAUCAAGGAGCACUGUGGAAUUGGUAGACUCUAAACUAAAUGAACAUUAAGAACUGCUAGGAUUUAAAAAAUCUGUACAUCAGAUCAUCUAAUCAAUUUAUAAAUGGUAUAGUUUGGGGAGGGGGGGGGGGAGAGGAUGAAAGAAUAUGAAAUGCUAACAUUUGCUUAACCCCGUACUGACCCCACUGUUCAACCCUCCCUGCUAUGCCCACUCAAUAUUAGCAUGGUACAACUCGAUAACUUCAAAGUCCAUUUUCUAACAAUUAAAUCUGUGUUGUCUUGCUUGUGGAAAUGGUGUGGGGGUCAAGCCAUAAACACUACACAGUUAUGACAUUUAUAUUUUAAAGUAAAACACUUUGCCUGUCUUUAAGGAGUAAUAUUUUCAGUUUAAUAUUGUCCUUAAAUAUACUGUACAAGUGGACUUUCCUUAUCUUAAAAUAAGACCACACUUUAGAAUUAAAUCCUGCACAUUUAAAACAUGUUUACAUUCUCCAACUGUGUGUGCAAAGUUGUUUAUGUUAAGUCAAUUUGUGAGAUUUAGAUUUCUGUCUGUUUGUGGUUAUUUUUCUUUUGAUUUUCUAAUCACUAAUGAACAUUGACCACCUCUAAUUAAAAGCCAGGCUAAAAUUAGGAAUAUCUAACUGCAGAUCCAUUAUUUUCCAUUUAAUGUAAAAACAACCAAAUAGUCAUCCAAGUAAUGCCUGAAUAUUUUUUUGCCUGAGAAUGACUCAUUUGCUGAUUUGUGCAUUAUGAUGAUGUGUGCAUUUCUAACCCAAUAACAUGUACUUGUCCUCUUCAUUUCUUAAUAUAAUAUACAGCCCAAAGGCCACAGUUCAAGUAAGUCAUCUUUCAUGUAACCCCUCAUUUCAUUGUACACAUUUCUAUCUAUAUAUAUGAUUACUACAUAGAAAGACUACAUUCCUAUUUCCAAUUCCAUUUCAAUCUCUCAUUGAAAAAAACUAUAUUCUUAGCUGUGGUAGUCAAAACGUUCAGCUGUCUUAUUUUAUAUAGGCCUAGCACACCAAAUAUGUGUAUGACUGGUAUAUAUAUAUAUAUACAGUACCAGUCAAAAGUUUGGACACACCUACUCAUUCAAGGGUUUUUCUUUAUUUAUACUAUUUUCUACGUUGUAGAAAAAUAGUGAAGACAUCUAAACAAUUAAAUAACACAUAUGGAAUCCUGUAGUAACCAAGAAAGUGUUAAACAAAUCUAAAUCAAUUUUGUAUUUGAGAUUCUUCAAAUAGCCACCCUUUGCCUUGAUGACAGCUUUGCAUAAUCUUGGCAUUCUCUCAACCAGCUUCACCUGGAAUGCUUUUCCAACAGUCUUGUUGGCUGCUUUUCCUUCACUCUGCGGUCCGACUCAUCCCAAUCCAUCUCAAUUGGGUUGAGGUCGGGGGAUUGUGGAGGCUAGGUCAUCUAAUGCAGCAUUUCAUCACUCUCCUUCUUGGUCAAAUAGCCCUUACACAGCCUGGAGGUGUGUUGGGUCAUUGUCCUGUUGAAAAACAAAUGAUAGUCCCACUAAGCCCAAACCAGAUGAGAUGGCGUAUCGCUGCAGAAUGCUGUGGUAGCCAUGAUGGUUAAGUGUGCCUUGAAUUCUAAAUCACAGACAGUGUCACCAGCAAAGCACCCCCACACCAUAACACCUCCUCCUCCAUGCUUUACGGUGGGAACUACACAUGCAGAGAUAAUCCGUUCACCCACACCGCAUGUCACAAAGACGCGGCGGUUGGAACCAAAAAUGUCCAAUUUGGACUCCAGACCAAAGGACAAAUUUCCACGGGUCUAAUGUCCAUUGCUCGUGUUUCUUGGCCCAAGCAAGUAUAAUCUUCUUAUUGGUGUCCUUUAGUAGUGAUUUCUUUGCAGCAAUUCGACCAUGAAGGCCUGAUUCACACAGUCUCCUCUGAACAGUUGAUGUUGAGAUGUGUCUGUUACUUGAACUCUGUGAAGCAUUUAUUUGGGCUGCAAUUUCUGAGGCUGGUAACUCUAAUGAACUUAUCCUCUGCAGCAGAGGUAACUCUGGGUCUUCCAUUCCUGUGGCGGUCCUAGUAAGAGACAGUUUCAUCAUAACUCACAACUGAUUGGCUCAAACACAUUAAGAAGGAAAUAAAUUCUACAAAUUAACUUUCAAGAAGGCACACCUGUUAAUUAAAAUGCAUUCCAGUUGACUACAUCAUGAAGCUGGUUGAGAGAAUGCCAAUAGUGUGCAAAGCUGUCAUCAAGGCAAAGGGUGAUUAUUUGAAGAAUCUCAAAUAUAAAAUAUAUUUUGAUUUGUUUAACACUUUUUUGGUUACUACAUGAUUCCAUAUGUGUUAUUUCAUAGUUUUGAAGUCUUCCCUAUUAUCCUACAAUGUAAAAAAUAGUAAAAAUAAAGAAAAACCCUUGAAUGAGUAGGUGUGUCCAAACCUUUGACUGGUAGUAUACAGUGGGGAAAAAAAGUAUUUAGUCAGCCACCAAUUGUGCAAGUUCUCCCACUUAAAAAGAUGAGAGAGGCCUGUAAUUUUCAUCAUAGGUACACGUCAACUAUGACAGACAAAAUGAGAAAAAAAAUCCAGAAAAUCACAUUGUAUGAUUUUUUAUGAAUUUAUUGGCAUAUGAUGGUGGAAAAUAAGUAUUUGGUCAAUAACAAAAGUUUCUCAAUACUUUGUUAUAUACCCUUUGUUGGCAAUGACACAGGUCAAACGUUUUCUGUAAGUCUUCACAAGGUUUUCACACACUGUUGCUGGUAUUUUGGCCCAUUCCUCCAUGCAGUUCUCCUCUAGAGCAGUGAUGUUUUGGGGCUGUCGCUGGGCAACACAGACUUUCAACUCCCUCCAAAGAUUUUCUAUGGGGUUGAGAUCUGGAGACUGGCUAGGCCACUCCAGGACCUUGAAAUGCUUCUUACGAAGCCACUCCUUCGUUGCCCGGGCGGUGUGUUUGGGAUCAUUGUCAUGCUGAAAGACCCAGCCACGUUUCAUCUUCAAUGACCUUGCUGAUGGAAGGAGGGUUUCACUCAAAAUCUCACGAUACAUGGCCCCAUUCAUUCUUUCCUUUACACGGAUCAGUCGUCCUGGUCCCUUUGCAGAAAAACAGCCCCAAAGCAUGAUGUUUCCAACCCCAUGCUUCACAGUAGGUAUGGUGUUCUUUGGAUGCAACUCAGCAUUCUUUGUCCUCCAAACAUGACGAGUUGAGUUUUUACCAAAAAGUUAUAUUUUGGUUUCAUCUGACCAUAUGACAUUCUCCCAAUCCUCUUCUGGAUCAUCCAAAUGCACUUCAGACGGGCCUGGACAUGUACUGGCUUAAGCAGGGGGACACGUCUCGCACUGCAGGAUUUGAGUCCCUGGCGGCGUAGUGUGUUACUGAUGGUUGGCUUUGUUACUUUGGUCCCAGCUCUCUGCAGGUCAUUCACUAGGUCCCCCCGUGUGGUUCUGGGAUUUUUGCUCACCGUUCUUGUGAUCAUUUUGACCCCACGGGGUGAGAUCUUGCGUGGAGCCCCAGAUCGAGGGAGAUUAUCAGUGGUCUUGUAUGUCUUCCAUUUCCUAAUAAUUGCUCCCACAGUUGAUUUCUUCAAACCAAGCUGCUUACCUAUUGCAGAUUCAGUCUUCCCAGCCUGGUGCAGGUCUACAAUUUUGUUUUUGGUGUCCUUUGACAGCUCUUUGGUCUUGGCCAUUGUGAAGUUUGGAGUGUGACUGUAUGAGGUUGUGGACAGGUGUCUUUUAUACUGAUAACAAGUUCAAACAGGUGCCAUUAAUACAGGUAACGAGUGGAGGACAGAGGAGCCUCUUAAAGAAGAAGUUACAGGUCUGUGAGAGCCAGAAAUCUUGCUUGUUUGUAGGUGACCAAAUACUUAUUUUCCACCAUAAUUUGCAAAUAAAUUCAUUAAAAAUCCUACAAUGGGAUUUUCUGGAAUUUUUUUUCUCAAUUUGUCUGUCAUAGUUGACGUGUACCUAUGAUGAAAAUUACAGGCCUCUCUCAUCUUUUUAAGUGGGAGAACUUGCACAAUUGGUGGCUGACUAAAUACUUUUUUUCCCCAAUGUAUAUAUAUAUAUAUACAGUAUAUAUUAGAUAUAUCUUCUUAUUAUUAUUUAAUUUUUCUUGUUUUAGGUCAAGAUUAUUUCAAAUUGUAAAUAUGUACAUAUAUUUGAAUACAAACAAGAAACAAGAUUACAUAAAACAUAACAUAAGCAACAGAAAACAAACUAGUGGCAGUAAACAAAAACAACAGAAACACCACCACCAAAAAAAAAAAGAUUUUGAAAUUCCCUUUCAGUUCUCUGAUCUCUUACAAUGUUGCAUUACCCCUAACAUUUUUACAUUUUAUAAAAUAUUUAAUAAAUUACAUUAUUACAUUUUUAUUACAUUCGUAAAUAGAAACAUUCUUUAUUUUUAUUAUUUACAUUUUUCAUAGAUUCACUGUAUUUUUAUAUUGACACUUCUCAGGGCACCAAAGAUUCCUGAUGGCGAGAAAGUGGACUUUGAUGUAAGUAGCUAUAGCCCUUCAUACGUCAUGACCAUCUGGAGACAGCUGGCUGCAUAAAUACCAGGACUAAUGUCAGAGUUGACAAUAUAUUUUUUCCAAAACGCUAUAUCCACCACCUUUUCACAUUUGUUUUUGUUUUUCUCAUAGAAAAUGAUUGCUUAUGGAUACCUUCAUGUGUAUGUAAAAUAUUACUGUUCUCAGAUUUAGAUGUGUAUCAAAAUGUGUUUUUAUGCAAAUCGCUAUAUAUCUAUUGUUUAGCUUGAAUGGAAUGUUCGUAUCCUAUAUAUUUGACUGAAAUGUGGUUGUCUCACGUAGCUAUCUUUAGAUGAAUGCACUUACUGUAAGUCGCUCUGUAUAAGAGCAUCUGCUAAAUGACUAAAAUGUCAAAUGUAAAUGUUUUACAUACAGAUCUCAUAUUACUGUAUUGAAUUAUUAUCUUUAAAAAAAAUCGAAUAUUGAUGUGACAAAUGUAUAAUUUGUACAUUUCUUUAUACAAAAUGUAGUAAUUUGUUACAUUUGACUGUGUAAAACCUAGCAGUACUACUUAUUUCUCUGACAGUGAGGCACAUAUAUAGCAUUUGACAAUAAAACAUGAUUAUUUGUCUCUGAAAUGAAACCAUCAAGUGAUAGAUUUUAAAUAAAUACAUAUCUGCAAUUGGACAACCCCAUGCCAUGAUUUUGCUAGGGCUAAAAACUAAACGUGCACCCAGGGUGGGCCCCAGGAUCGAGUUUGGGAAAUCCUGGUCUAAAGAAUCAUUGUACCAUCUAAACUGCUGUGAAAUAUAUUUUCCACACUUAAUAUAGUGUAUUUUCAGCUGUUUGAAACUGGUGUACAGAAACGAAAGUAAAAAAUGAAACUUAAGAACGGGAAGCAUAGUAAUAGUGCACAUAGACCAUAUCUACCGCUUCUUAGACUUGCUUUCAAUGAGAAUGACAGAUCUAUAACAUGCAUUUCUAUGUGGAUUUGGUCAGGUCGCCUAAAAACGUUACAUAUUGCGUCUUUAAACUCUUCAUGUACUUAACACGUGGCUCUAUUUCCCAACCUUACAGGACAUUCAGAAGAAACGUCAGAACAAGGAUCUUGUUGAGCUGCAGGGCCUGAUCGAUGCGCACUUUGAGCACAGAAAGAAGGAGGAGGAGGAGCUCAUCGCCCUCAAAGAAAGAAUUGUGAGUGAGAAUGAGUAUAUGACAUCACUCUGCAUACACAUAUGAGUAAAUGACAUCACUCUGCAUACACAUAGGUCGUAUUUGAAAAUGAAAACAAGGUCGUAAAUUAAAACAAGGUUUUCUUUUUGGACAAGUUCAGGUAGUCCAUCCCUGUUUGUGUACGUUUAGUUCCUAGUGAAUACGACCAUGACAAAACGAUAAGACGUUGCAGUGCCCACUGGUGGCCAAAGGUAUAACAACCAACCAUGUGUGUCUGUGUGUGUGUCUGCAGGAGAAGCGUAGGGCUGAGAGGGCCGAGCAGAACAGGAUCCGUAGCGAGAAGGAGAAGGAGCGUGCGGCGAGACGUGAGGUUAGUGUCCUCCGCCGGUAUCACUACCGACCCCUCUGGGCUGUCCUCAACUAUCAGCGUUCUGUCAACACGGGACAUGUCCUUACAACACACAUACUGACGUUGUGCUGUGAUCUCUGACACAGGAGGAGAGGCUGAAGAGGGAGGAGGCAGAUGCCAAGAAGAAGGCUGAUGAGGAUGCGAAGAAGAAGUCUGCCCUGUCCAGCAUGGGCUCCAACUACAGCAGCCAUCUGCAGAAGGUGACCAGUGACCAACCGGUCUUCACAGAACCAUACAUGAUGAAUUUAUGAAAUAUCUAUUAUAUAACAUGUAAUUCACAAAAGAGCGAUGGGUUAUGUGUGUACAUGUCCGAUCGAUGGACUUGCCUCUCGUAACCACUGCCAUUCAUUUGUAACAGGCUGACUCAAAGAGAGGUGGGAAGAAGGAAACUGAGAGAGAAAAGAAGAAGAAGAUCCUUACAGGCAGACGCAAGGUCCUGAACAUCGACCAUCUGAAUGAAGAGAAACUGAAGUAAGAGACUGGGAAAUUCCCAGUUCAAGUAACAGACUUGGGCUUUGUGUGUUGUUUUGGUGAGGCGAAAUGGGCCUACAGCCUACAAAAACUUUUGCAACUGUCCCGUUAUCUGAAAUGAAUGCACACUCUAAGAACACCCUUCAGCCUAACACAAUCAAGUAUUCAACCACAAUAUGAAUAUGGAAUCUCCUCAGAGAGUUUGUACAUUAACUCACCAAGUCAUCCUGCUUGCUCUGCUCUAGGGAGAAGGCAAAGGAGCUGCAUGAAUGGAUGAAGACGCUGGAGUCUGAGAAGUUUGAUCACAUGGAGAGGCUGAAGAGGCAGAAGUAUGAGGUAUGUAUCUGAUGUCCUGGUUAACGAAAAUAGAAAUGUACUGUACAUUAUCCCAUUGAUCCUAAAUACACACAGGUCAAUGCACAUCUGAAAGAAUUAUGGGCUGUUUAUGUUAAGUCUACUCAAGAGCUGAGCUGAUAGUAUGACUGGCUCUGUUCUUAGAACAUAUACAUCUGGACAUGACGCAUUACACUGUGGCAGUUUGGAUGGUACUGGUAUUAGCCAUGACCGUAUAAAAGGUCUAGCUCAGUCACAAUACACUCUUAGAAAAAAAGAUACUAUCUAGAACCUAAAAGGGUUCUUCGGCUGUCCCAUAGGAGAACCCUUUGAAGAACUACUUUUGGUUCCAAGUCUAACCUUUUCGGUUCCAUGUAGAACCCUUUCCACAGAGGGUUCUACAUGGAACCCAAAAGGGUUUUACCUGAAACCAAAAAGGGUUCUACAGUACCUAGAACCAAAACGGGUUCUCCUAUGGUGACAGCUGAAGCACCCUUUUGGAACCCUUUUUUCUAAGAGUAUAGGUUUUUACAGACAUUGCUAAUGUAAGACACCCUGUUAGAUAUUGUAAUCGUAAGAUACCCUGGAAAAUUCCAAGUCUUACCUGAGUAAAAUCAGGGGUGACAUUGGGCCCCUGAGUGUGUCCAUCCACUUGAUGGCCUCAGUCACGGCCUCUCAGAUAUGAACUCAGCUCUGCUUUGAUAUCUCCUCCAGGUCACAACCCUGCGUAAGAGAGUGGAGGAGCUGAGUAAAUUGUAAGUAGAGCUGGACCGUUGUCACAGCUCAGGGGGCUCUCCUGGCCCACUGCAGUGCAUGGCCUGAAACUUUUGUGAGAAAGUUGCAUGUGAAACUUCACACAGGAGGCGACGGAAACAGACCAAAGGUUCAAAGGUUCGAUCGAGGAGACGAUAAAAGACACCAUGGAAACACAAAAUGAAAUCUUAAUAAGUAUUGAUUAUAUCUCACUCAUUCAGGUUGAAGAGAACAUUCUCUGUUAUAGACAGGAUAUAACACAUGGUAUACUGACACCACCAUGUCGUUUUUAAAAGAGUUGCAGAGAGACAUAAAGGUGCUGUCUAUAGAAUAGGACACCAGACUGACGCUCAAUCAUUGAGUUACAGAGAAUUUAUGUCCUAAAAGCCAAUUCACUAAUCAAGUCUUUAGAAAUGGUGUGUUUCCAUAGGUAAGUUAUUCUAUCUGGAGUUCAUUCCCACUGAAAGAAGUGACAGAAACUCGCUAACUAUAGCCAAUUGUCUCCAACAUGUCCUCGUCUCCUGAACUCUCUAUAAUUGGCAGUUGGGGAGUUAAUACUGACACAUACACAGCUCACAGACAGUUAGCCUAACUAUUCACAAUCUCUCAUAGUCCUCUUUUAUUAAUACAAAAUAUUUUCUUCCCCCUCUUAUGGUAAACAAAUUAGAAUACAAAAAUAAUAAAACAUUAAUAAGAAACCUAACACAAAAGAUCAAUGUUCUCACACAGCAGCAGUCUCCAAGGACUCAGCAAAAGGGCGUGAUAGGCUAGGUGUAUGUCCCGUCUUGGUUCCCCAUACUGCCACACACAGCAGGCAACCCCUGGCCACAGGACAUUCAGUCCACAGAAAGGAGAGCAUUGGGCUCCUUAGUCUCAAGGUAAAGCCUCAGUCUGUCUGUCAGUCUGUCUGUCUCCUGUUAAAUGUGCUGUUGAAUGUGUAAUUUCCAGGUCGUUACUCUCAGGGACCACAGUGAUGAGUUACAUAAACAGUAAGUAAUAUAGCUUCCACACCUAUAUCAUUCUAGCCUGGUCCCAGAUCUGUUUGUGCUCUUGCCGUUGCCAACCAUUGCUGUCAUUGUCAAACCAAACAAUUCCAUAAGGAGUUGGCUAGAGAGAAGAAACAGACUGGCACCCAGGCUAGUAACAUUCCCCUCCUACACCCAUUCAGACUGGCACCCAGGCUAGUAACAUUCCCCUCCUACACCCAUUCAGACUGGCACCCAGGCUAGUAACAUUCCCCUCCUACACCCAUUCAGACUGGCACCCAGGCUAGUAACAUUCCCCUCCUACACCCAUUCAGACUGGCACCCAGGCUAGUAACAUUCCCCUCCUACACCCAUUCAGACUGGCACCCAGGCUAGUAACAUUCCCCUCCUACACCCAUUCAGAAUGGCACCCAGGCUAGUAACAUUCCCCUCCUACACACAUUCAGACUGGCACCCAGGCUAGUAACAUUCCCCUCCUACACCCAUUCAGACUGGCACCCAGGCUAGUAACAUUCCCCUCCUACACCCAUUCAGACUGGCACCCAGGCUAGUAACAUUCCCCUCCUACACCCAUUCAGACUGGCACCCAGGCUAGUAACAUUCCCCUCCUACACCCAUUCAGACUGGCACCCAGGCUAGUAACAUUCCCCUCCUACACCCAUUCAGACUGGCACCCAGGCUAGUAACAUUCCCCUCCUACACCCAUUCAGACUGGCACCCAGGCUAGUAACAUUCCCCUCCUACACCCAUUCAGACGGCAGGCAUGAUAAUCUGGUGUAUAAACACAGACAUAUGGACUUUCUCCAUCUGAUUACCAUGCAGAGUUAAAAGGUUAAAGAACGUUUAACUCAAGCAAUCCAUAGACUGGUCACAUAGGCCUAAUACACUUCCAUCAGAAUGACAAUACUGCAGUAACUGUUCAGGACAGUUCAUGUAAGUUUAUGGCUGAAAACAUUACAGUUUAGAAUCCACCAAUGAGAUUAAAUGCUGUUGGGUUUAUCUCUCCCUUCACUAUCUGACAGAAGAAAGUAAUACGUUUGCUAUAGAACAUUGCUACUGUAUAGGCAAACAUAGUUAGCCAUUCCUUCUGAAUUUCCUAUGACAUUACUUCUUCAGUACUCUUGGGCCCUUUUGGGACACAAAGUCAUAAACACAAGCAGUACUCUUAUACAUACAAUACAUACUGGCAGUCCUAAUCUCAGAGGAUGUAAGCCUACACCCAGGUUCAAGACGACUGGACUUAUUGGGUGUCAAAAAAGAAUGAGGUACUCAACUAUUCUUCUAUUAAAUCUUGUGCAUCACUUUCCUGAGCAGUGAUGUAACAUAGAUAGAUCUCUCCAGAGCCUUUUUUUAUUUUAUGCAUUUGACAAUAUGACAAUAACCACAACUUAGAACACAUGGACUAAAGUUCCCUUUAGUCCAUGUGUUCUAUUUUGUGGUUAUUGUCAUAUUGUCAAAUGCUUCCGAAGCAAAGAAAAUACAUGAAAGCAUCAAAUCGGAGGUCACUUUAUAUUUGUUCAUUUUAGAAGUCACUGUGCAGUCAAUAAAAUGCCUGGCCAAUUACGAAAUAUUGUGCUUUCAACGUUCCUUUGCUCUCUCAGUGUAGCGUUCUAAUGUCUCAAAGCUUUCAUGUGUGUCACUGCCACCAAGGACAGCCAUAAAGACAGCAAAUACUCCAUGAAUCUUCACAGCCACAGAGGUAUAGAACACCUGGGUCAGUGAGAGAAUCAUGGAAUAUUUCCUUUGUUUUCAUUCAUUCCACCAUCACUUUCAUUCCAUGGUAAGUGCUGCAUGGUGUGUCAUAAAGGAUAAGCAUGAAAACUCCAUGAUUUGUUUUGAGUGGUCUGAUGUAAUUGUAUCGGAUGUGGUUGAUGAUUGUCAGUUAGACCAAUGUUAUAUUAACAUUGGAACAGCAUAACUCGCACAUUUGUUUUCACUUUUAUGUUAAAUAAUUUAGAUUAAAGUGAAUUUAGUAAGUUAAAGUCAAUGUAAGUCUUUAUUUGUAGAUAAAAUGGGCAUUGAUUGUCUCUUUAUGGGAUGUCUUACUCUGUUUCUCUCUCUUUCUGGCAUAUUUCAGCUCUAAGAAGGGUAAAACAGUCCGCAGAAAGUAAACGGUCCCAUUCUGCUGCUUGGAGCCCAGACUGCCACUGUACUACCGGACACACGCCUAAUGCAGCAACAACAACACACACUUACGCUAAAGUCAUGGCUCAGACAAGACUAACUACGUUUUACUGUAUGCUUAUUCACCCAAGACGUGCUACAGUCUACAGCCCAGAGCCAUUAGCUGCUGUUGUAGGAAUUAUCCUUCAUGCUUUCUCGCCCUGGACUGUUUGGUUCUCAGUAAUUUUGUAAAUAAAG